AUAACCCCCUCCUCUCUAGAGCCCUUUUCUCUCCUCCUCGCAAAAAGCUCCAUUUCCUCUCCUUCCCUCCCUCCCUCUCCUUCUUUCUCCGAUGGCUUCUUCAGCUGGAAACCCUAACCAGCAAUCGCCCUACGACAUGCAGAGGCUCUUCAAUCCCUCACCUCCAAACCCCACCAACCCACCUUCCUCUUAUGCUCUACCCCCUUCUUAUACUACGCCCCCUCCCCCAGGCCCCUUCUCCUACCCUCCUCCCACCACCCCAACCCCUCCUUUCCACCACUACCUCCACUACCCCCACCAAGACCCCCUUGCUAACAUGCACCAACAUCGCCCCAUCUCUUAUCCUACACCCUCUCCCCUCACCUCCACCCCAAAUCCCAACCCUAAUCCCAGCCCAGGCGCCCGUCUUAUGGCCCUUCUAACCCCAACCCCUCCUUCCAAUCUCGACCCCCCACCAGGCCUCACCCCGACGGCCCCGAUGCUCCCGCCCGUCAGCUCCGCGGGCCCGCUGCCCACACCGCCUGCCCGGGUCCCGAGCAGCAAGCUGCCCAAAGGGCGGCAUUUGAUCGGCGACCGGGUUGCUUAUGACGUGGAUGUUCGGUUGCCCGGGGAGGGCCAGCCACAGCAGCUCGAGGUCACACCAAUCACCAAGUACGUGUCAGAUCCUGGGCUCGUCGUUGGCCGGCAGAUCGCGGUGAACCGGACAUAUAUAUGCUAUGGGUUGAAGCUGGGGGCGAUCCGGGUGCUGAAUAUAAACACCGCGCUGCGAUCUUUGCUCCGAGGUCACACCCAGAGGGUCACUGACAUGGCUUUCUUUGCUGAGGAUGUUCACCUUUUGGCUAGUGCGAGUGUGGAUGGGAGGAUUUUUGUGUGGAAGAUUAAUGAAGGCCCUGAUGAAGAAGAUAAGCCACAGAUAACAGGAAAAGCUGUUGUUGCCAUUCAGAUACUUGGAGAUGGGGAAUCAGUUCAUCCACGAAUCUGUUGGCACUCACACAAACAGGAAGUUUUGGUUAUUGGGAUUGGGAACUAUGUGGUGAAAAUCGAUACAACAAAAGUCGGAAAAGGCAAAGUGUUUUCUGCAGAGGAACCUCUCAAAUGCCCUGUUGAGAAGCUGAUUGAUGGAGUCCAAUUGGUUGGCAAACAUGAUGGUGAAGUGACAGAUCUAUCGAUGUGUCAAUGGAUGACUACGCGGCUAGUUUCUGCAUCAAAAGAUGGCACGGUAAAGAUUUGGGAAGACCGGAAGGCAUUGCCACUUUUAACAUUGAGGCCACACGAUGGCCAACCUGUUAACUCAGUUACAUUCUUGACAGCGCCUCAUCGCCCUGAACACAUUGUUCUUAUCACAGCGGGCCAUCUAAAUCGAGAAGUGAAGGUGUGGGCAUCCGCUAGCCCAGAAGGCUGGUUAUUGCCCAGCGAUGCUGAAUCUUGGCAGUGCACCCAGACCUUGGAAUUGAGAAGUUCUGCUGAACCUCGAGCUGAAGAGGCAUUUUUCAAUCAAGUUGUUGCAUUGCCACAUGCAGGCCUUAUUUUGCUUGCCAAUGCCAAGAAGAAUGCUAUAUAUGCCAUACAUUUAGACUAUGGUCCAUAUCCAUCAGCUACACGCAUGGACUAUAUAACUGAAUUUACCGUCACGAUGCCUAUUUUGAGUCUUACAGGAACAAGUGACACCUCAUCUGAUGGGGAACAUGUUGUUCAGAUUUAUUGUGUGCAGACGCAGGCUAUUCAACAGUAUGCUUUGGAUUUAUCUCAGUGCUUGCCGCCACCAAUGGAGAAUUUGGGCAACGAGAAGGAUUCCAGCAUCUCUCAUGUUUUUGAGGCGCCCAGUUCUAGUGGGUUCAAUGCAUUGGAGCCACCUCCUGGAAAUGCGCCAGCUGAGAUGCCCAUUGGAAGUAGCGCGCCAAAACCACUUGUAAGCAGAUCUGAUAGUGCACCGGCAGCUAGAUAUCCUAUAUUUUCAGGCGCUCCUGAGCUUCCUAGCAUCGAAUUGGCUACUUCAAGCAUGGAAUCUAGACCAAGUGCUUUGUUGCCUCCCAGUACUGAUGCUGAAAACAUUCCUGUUGCGUCUCCCCCUCUUCCUUUGAGUCCAAGGUUGUCUGGAAGACUCUCUGGUAUAAAGAGCCCAUCAAACGGCUUCGAGCCAGGUCCCCCACGUGGUGAUCGUGGUGCUGACCAGCCAGUUCUUGAUUAUUCAGUUGAUGCUGUUCUUUCAAACAUGCCUGAUGUUCCUUCCUCAGAUGACAGUUCUGGAAAGGAUGAAACUAAAGUUGGGCAAAAUGAUAUUUCUAUGGUGCCGAAUCCUCCUAUCAUGUUCAAGCACCCGACCCACCUGAUAACUCCGGCAGAAAUAUUGUCAACGGCUGUUUCUUCCUCUGAGAACACUCAUAUAACACAUGGCCUGAAAGGGGGAGAAAUGGAGGUUCAAGAUGUGGGUGUUAGCAAUGAUGUAGAGAGUGUAGAGGUGGAAGUUAAAGUUGUGGGUGAGAGUGGAUUGGGUCAGCAUGAGGACUUUGAUCCUCAGAGAGAAGAGCGUGUUCUUUGCCCAGAGAAAAGAGAAAGAACCUUUUACACCCAGGCUUCAGAUCUUAACAUUGAUAUGGCCAGAGAGUGCAGUUCAUUACCCACAGAAAUUCUGAGCAUGGAGGAGAAUCACCCAGUCGAAGAUGUAGGUAUUACUGAGGAUAUGGAGCAGCCUCCAAAUGGAGGUGAGGAUGAGGUUCAAGGUUCUGUGAAGGAUGGUGUGCCUGGAUCGGUUGCUGAGUCUGCUACUGUAUCAGCAGCUGCCCAGUCGCCCUCAUCAGCUGUGAAAGGAAAGAAACCAAAAGAAAAAACCUCUCAAAAUUUGGGCCCAUCUUCAGUUUCUCCGAGCCCUUUCAACUCUACUGAUUCUUCUAAUGAACCAGGUAGCAGCUCAAGUGGUCCUAUGGAAGCUGCCUUGUGUCAGAUUAUGGAUAUGCAGAACCAGAUGAUGACCCUUCAAAAGGAAAUGCUGAAGCAGAUGACUGCGACAGUGGCAGUCCCUGUUAACAAAGAAGGCAGAAGAGUAGAGACAGCUCUUGGCCGGUCCAUUGAAAAAGCUGUCAAGGCAAACACCGAUGCUUUGUGGGCCCGUAUCCAAGAGGAGAAUGCAAAACAGAAGUUAGAAAGGGACCGUAUACAGCAGAUAAUGAGCUCAAUCUCGAACUGGAACAAGGACUUACCAGCCUUAUUAGAGAAGACGUUGAAGAAAGAAAUAUCUUCAAUAGGGCCAGCAGUUGCUCGCACAAUUACCCCCAUCAUAGAGAAGAUCAUUUCUUCUGCUAUUGCUGAAUCAUUUCAGAGAGGGGUGGGAGACAAGGCAGUGGGUCAGCUGGAGAAGUCAGUCUCUUCGAAGCUUGAAGCUACAGUAGCUCGGCAAAUUCAAGCACAGUUUCAAACUUCUGGCAAACAAGCCCUUCAGGACACUUUAAGGUCAAGCCUAGAAUCUUCAUUGAUUCCUGCAUUUGAGAUGUCAUGUAAGGCAAUGUUUGAGCAAGUUGAUGCUGUCUUUCAGAAAGGCAUGGUUGAACAUCUGUCUGCUGCUCAGCAGCAGUUUGAGGUUGCACAUUCUCCGCUGGCACAUGCAUUAAGGGAUGCAAUGAGUUCCGCGACAUCGCUCACUCGAACCUUAUCUAGUGAAUUGGCUGAUGGCCAGCGCAAGAUCUUAGCUCUCAUGGCUGCUGGAGCAAACCAAAGUGGAAUAAAUCCCUUGGCUAAACAACAAAGCAAUGGACCUUUGGCUGGUCUCCAUGACAUGGUUGAACCACCUUUGGAUCCAAAGAAAGAGCUACAAGUAUUGAUAAAUGAACGAAAAGUUGAGGAAGCAUUCACCGCAGCCCUUCAAAGAAGCGAUGUCUCGAUUGUAUCGUGGUUAUGUUCUCAGGUUGAUUUAGCAGGAAUUUUAUCCACGGUUCCUCUCCCUCUUAGCCAAGGAGUUCUCCUUGCUCUUCUCCAGCAGGUCGCCUGCGAUCUUGCCAACGAGAUGCCCCGGAAGCUGGAGUGGAUGAGGGAUGUAGCUAUUGCCAUUAAUCCGGUGGACCCAAUGAUCGCGGUGCAUGUCCGGCCCAUCUUUGAGCAGGUUUAUCAGAUACUAGGCCACCAGCGGACGGUCCCCACCACCACGGCAGCGGAAGCAAACAGCAUCCGCCUAGUCAUGCAUGUCAUCAAUUCCGUAUUGAUGAGCAGUUGUAAAUGACAAUCAUCCCUCUCUCAGUUGUGCAGAAUUGUAUGGACUUGGUGAUGGUAGGAAAAAGCAUGUUUGUAUAGAGAAGUAGACUGCUCGUCAAAAGUGCCACUGCCGAGGGUCUUUGUGUUGAUUAUGUAAAGCGCGAGAAUUUGAGAAUGAUUUUCAUUUUUUUUUUCUUCACCGAAAGUUCCAGGAAAACUAGGGUUUUGGUUUUUCUUUUUUAGGUUCAGUUGGGACUGUUAUUUUGAAUUAGUAUUUAGUGAAAUUGUGGCCUCAAAUUCUCAA